CCACAGUUACCAAAAUGGCGGCUGAGGGAACUUCGUCCAAAGCACCAAGGCAGAGGUAUUUAUUAGUUUAAGGGUGGUACACAAGUAGUAGAUCUACUUUUUAAAAAAAAUCAACUUAUGUUAAGAAAUCAUUUUUUUUUAAAAAAGAAACUGAGAAAUGACCUUUCGGUUUUAUUAUUUACUGUUUUUUAAAUAUAAAUUUUUGAGUAUCAUCAAAAAAAUGAAAUUGAAAAGUCUAUGUAUUUUUAAAUGUUAUUAAAUUAAUAAUUAUAAUUAGCGGCUAGUGCUAAGAGAUGUCUCCAUGAUGUCGUUUGCAUCUCUUUGCAUUUACCUAAUUAGCUACGGUACUAAAUAUAUAGGCCUAGUGUAUGCACUUCGAUGAAAAUUUUAAAACAUUUUUUUAAAAUAUAAAAAUUAUAGAGUUAUAGAGUAUAGAGCCCAGAGAAUGGAUUACAAAAACACCAAGAUCAAUUUUCUAACUCAAGACUUGUGGUUCAAAGGUUAUCAUUUUUUUUAGUAAUGACCGCAAAAUCUCUUUUUAUUUCACCACUAAUAUUAAUAUUACUAUGGCUAUGGCAUGGGCAUGGGGUUUUCCUCUAUGAAUUUGUGACCUCAUAGACUAUAGUGUCUAUAGUCUAUAGUAUGGACAUCAUGGCAAUGAUGAGAUGGCUAAUCUGUAAUCAUUGCAAUGCUGACACUUACCACAGACAGUGACUUUUCUAGUGAGCUCACUUGAUGUGGAUGACAUAGUAACACUACUGACAGAAAAUUAUAAAUAUAAAACAAAGUGAACAUUAAUAAUUAUAAAGCAUUUAACUAUUGGUCUAAUUUAGUAAAAAGCUAAUAAAUUUCCCCUUAAAUGAAGUAGACACAUAAUUAAAAAUUUUAAUUUCACAAAUAAGAAUAAUACUAAAAUAGCAUUACCCACUUGUUCUGCAGUGCUUUGCCCAUUCAGGAGUUAAAGGCAGUGAAAAGGGUGCAGCUGAAUGAAAUCAUACCACCAGUUGACUUUUCUUUCCUUCAUAUAACUGGGAUAGAGGGUAAAAACAAAUAUUUUAUUUAAAUAAAUACCUUUGUUGACUUUUUUUACAUAACAAAAUCAGGUUUGAUUUGUUAUUAUUUAUUUAAUAUCACAUUUGAUUUUUUUUUUGCAAUAAUAGUUAUGACUAAAAAAUAUAAAUUGUUAUUGUAGUGUUCACUUUUACAAUAAAAAAAAAAUUGUGUCUCUUCAACCAGAAUGUCAAAAUGAAGAACCAAGAGAUACUUCACCGCGUAAAAAUCAACCCACCAAGAAAAAGCAUGAAAAAGAAAAAAGUGAUGAAAAAUCCCAGAGCAUGUGUCUGCGACUCAACAAUAAUUUUUUGAAGAACAUAAAUAACAUUUCGUCAAUUGCUGCAUCAUUAUUUGAUAACCCUGCUAAUAUCAGCUGGAUUGAUCUGUCAUUUAAUUUACUGGAAAAUAUUGACCCUGUAAGUGCAAUUUGUUUUAAAUUUUAUAAAUCUUUUAUUUAAGCAUAAUAAUUUUAAACUAGACUCAAAUCAUCCGGGGGCCACAGGAUGCAGUCUGAGUGAAACUGGGCCGCAUCAAGUACUCCAUAAAAAUCGAUUAGAAGUUCAAUAUGGUACAACUGUUACAAUCUGCUCAAAUUUUAUUAAUAACAAAUAAAAACAUUAAGGGUUCGCAAGAACUAGGCUUCACUUUCCUCCUCCUAAUCCUUGUUGCCAGGGACCUGGCAGCACUUCUUCUUACACAGAUGAGCAAAAUUUGGCUUGAGUAAGGAAGCAACUGAGACACUCAGUAUAACUUGAAGACGCUCAUCAGUAAGUUUUGCCUUGAACUAUGAAUUGUUUAAGUUCAUAGUAGAAAAGAGCCUUUCACACAAAUGGGUACUCCCGAUAAGGAACAUGAUCUGCUUGAACAACCUGGAAAUCUCAGGGGAGGUGAAGGGCAAUGCUCUUAUACAUUAUCCAUUUUUUUAUUUUUUUAUCAUAUAAAAAGACUUUUUGAUUAACCCUAUUUUGAAAGUAACCAAGCUGACAGUCUCGAAAUGUCCCUCACUCGUAAACACUAGUGGCAAUUUUAAUUGGGAUGCUUUGAUACUGUGUCAGAUGGCUACGAUUUACACAAUUAUGGUUGUGCAUUACCCACUAAGUGACUUUUAAAACUUUUCUCAAAACAGCACUUUGGCCAUGUUUGUCUCAUAAAAUUCUAUAAAAUAAAAAACGUUUAGUCCAAUUUUGAACCGGUUUUUACCAUUAUAAUCACGUCCAAAUCUAUACAAACAUAAUAAAAAUCAGUAUAAGACUAGUCUUUAGAUGCGACUGAAUCCAUCGCAAAAGGUCACAUUACAGAUAUGAGAAUGGGGAAAACGCGUGGGCUGCAUUAACACUAAACUUUGCUGUCAUGUACCGGGCUGAAAAAUAUCAUAUUGCGGGCCGCAAAUGGCCUGCGGGCUGCAAGUUUGAGACCCUUGAACUAGAGAAACUAAAAGAAUGGUUUAAUCUAACUUCUUAACGCUUUUUAAAACUAAAAGUGUGUUGGAUCUUCUUCAUUAUAUAACUAAUACGUAUUUGUUAUUUAGAGUAAAAUUUCAUUCAUUAAGAUUUUAGAAUUUAUUAUAUUUCUUUUGUAUUUAUUAUUUUACUCCAGCUAAAAACUUCCAACUAACAUUUUAUAUUCACAAAGCACUUAGAGUUAAAUGUGAAACAUUCUAUCCUCAUGACAUUUAUACUCUCAUUACAAUGAAAAAUGAGGUUAUAAAUUAACUUAUACUGAAUUAAAAAAUUUUGCCAAGAGGAAAAUAUUUUAUUAGUUAAUUUAAAUACAGGAAUCUGUAUUAUUACAGCCAGCAGUUAUAACAUUAUUAACUGAAGAAUUGAGUCUUCUUAUAUCUAAAUUGCUAUCAAAUUCAUCAUUUAAGUCCAUUUAAAAGUGAUAAAAAUACUAAUAAUCAGUAUAAAUAACACCUCAAAAUUUGACACAAAUCUGACUUACAACAAGCUAUUUUCAUUGAAAAGAUGUGAUUUAUCCAUUUAUGAAUGAUGUUAACAUGCUAAAAAGUGUAGUAGUGUGCAAUGGAUGGGAGAUAAUUCAUGCAUUCUAAACAGAUGAAAAAUGUUACAAAUUAUACUUUUUUCAACUUUUCAUUGUUUUUCUGUACAUUUUUUCAUGCUGUUGUAUUUCUUUGAGACUUGUGUACAGUUUGUGAUCCCAUAGGUCGACAUGUAUUGAUGGAGACUCAAGUUUGUGCCAAGACACACUGCCAAUGGGACAGAUUUAUAGACAUAUGUCUCCGAGCAUUGACCUUUAAGCUAGCACAAAUCUGAUCAAUAAUCUUUUUCCAUUCUGCUUCACAGAUGCCUUGGUUUCUGGUGGUGCAGCACUUUACUUCCCUUUGAUGUAACAUCAUCCUAUUGCAUUCUGCCUUUUUAAAAUUUGUGGUUAGGUCUUUGUAUUAUAGUGUAGCUCUUAGCUGAUGGAUAUUUGGCAGACUUCACUAUAAUUGUUCAGUUCUCAGUACUUUUCUAUUCUCUGGAAUGGGGUUGUUGUCUGUGUUCUUGAUUUGAGUCCAUGAAAGCAGGACUACAUGUAUUGUUAUUGUAUUGUGGAGUACACAAUUUUUACCUAUUUUCUUCAAGGAGGUUCAAUGUGUGGUUUUUCAUCACAAUGUUAACCUUGAUUUUUAGUAAAAUUUCUUUUGAAAAUAUUAUACAUUAAAGUUAUAGUGUCUAUUCCGUUUGAGGCCAUAACCAAAAUACUUUUCAGGCUCUUAUCCAAUUUGAGAAUCUGAAAAUUCUCUAUCUCCAUGGCAACAACAUUGGAGACAUGAAAGAAGUUAACAAAUUAACAAGCCUCAAAAAGCUAAUGAAACUUACUUUGCAUGGAAAUGAUAUUGAAAAUAUAAAGGUAAGUUUAAAAUUUGUCUAAGCACAGGUCUGAAAUCACUGCCUUACAUAUACAUAUUAAAUUACAUUUUCAUUUAAGAAACAUUGUUACUUUAAAGUUAAAUAUUCAUUGUAGCAAUAUGAUUUUUUUAAAGGAAGUAACAAAAAUCUAUCCAGCAUCUUCCCCAUGUCAUGGAAAAAAUAAAUAAAUAAUAGAGAAACUUUGGAUGAAUUUAAAAAAUCAGUUAUAUCCAUAAUAUAUAUUUAUUUAGAUAAAUAUAUGUAAAUCAAUGUUUUCUUUCAAUAUUAAGAUUUUUAAAUGUGUGAGAUAAAACAUUGCCAAUUUACAUUUCUUUUCUUCCAGGGUUACAGAUUUUUUGUGUUGGCAACAUUACCCAAUCUGAUUAACUUUGACUUUAGCAGAGUGACUAAAGGAGAUCGGGUGACAGCAACCACGUUCAAAGGCUUUUACAAUCCUGAUAAGCCUAAAAAGAUCAAACACAAUGAUUGAAAUUAGUGUCAAGCCUAGGAAGGAGUGAUAUUACUUAACAAAAUGUUUAUUUUUCACCAGCCUUUUAGUUAUGAUGAUAUAAGAAGUAAAAUUUAAGCUCUGAUGUUUUGUAUUCAAAUUUAAAGCUAAGUUUAAAUUAUUGGUAAUUUUUAUUUUGAUACUAAAAUUUUAUAUUGUUGAGUUUAUUUUGACAUUAUCAGAAAGAACUUUGAUGAAUUACCUGUAUUUUAAAUAAAAUGAUUUUAACCAAUUUUGUCACUAUUAAUCAUACACUGCAACAUAUAUUGUUAAAAUUCACACGCUAGAGCAUCAUGCUGUAUCAAAGCAAUUAAGCUGUUAAUAUGAUCUUUAUUCAUAUUUUACAUAGUGCAUAAAAAUUAAGUCUUUUAAAAUAUUUGUAGCAAUUAUUGGACUAAAACCUUAAAACAAACAUUCUCAAUGUUUAUUACUCCUGGCUUUGGAGAGCUUCUCAAGGUACCGUAAAUGAACUUUUGAUCCAUGGGGUUUCAAUGGAGAGCCACAAUUUUGCCGCCAGUUUUGACCCAUAGGUUGGAAUAUGAUUGUAUGGGCAUAAACAUAUUGUUCUUGACUUAGUAUAUGUGUUCAGUGAAACACUUCGUCACUGCUUGGGGUCUAAACUGGGCUCUAUGGUAUCCCCUGUGCUGUGUCUAAUCCAUCCACUAGCACAAACCUGUACAUAUUUAAAUACAUUUGAUUAAGUUUGAAAAUAAAUACAAUAUACACUUGAACAGGUAUUCACUUCAACUUGUUGCAUUGAGAACUUAUAUUUGUUGACUGAAUCCUCCUAGAUCAGGGAUCUAGAACAAGAUCCCCUUGUUUACAGAUCGCAAGAUGGUUAUCAUUAGAUGUUUAAGUUUGUUCAUUUUGAAAUGUUAGCUUUCUUUAGCCAAAAAAAGUAUUGUAUAUUUUUUUUACUUUCUUACUAUAGUAAUGAUGGCUAUUACUUUUAUGUAAAGAUCACUGGUUAGGAAAUCUUGUACAUGCCUGGGGGUGGCUCGAAGUGCAAGUGAGAAAUGGGGAAAAUGUACAUUUUUAUAAUAUCAUUUUGAACAAACUUCCUUUCAAGCAAAUUUCUGUUUAAGCCAAUUUCUAACCAAAAUAAUUGUGCCAAUAGUCAUAUUUUAAAGUAGAUGUAAAGCCCAAGUUUGAUCAAGUUUGUAUUGAGAUAAUAUAUAU